AUGCAUAUUCCCAAGGUCCCUGUCUUCCCGGUCCUGAAGGACAAAGUUGCUAUCAUCACGGGCGGUGCUCAAGGGAUGGGCAAGACCACCGCGUCGGUAUUCCUACGAGCUAAGGCCAAACUAGUGAUUGCAGAUUUAAAGGCGAAUGGCUUGCAGACGGCCGAAGAGCUCUCUCCCCUUGGGGACGUUCGUUUUGUGCAAGCGAAUAUCUCCAAGGCCGAAGAUGUCCAGAGUCUCAUUGCACAGACGGUGAAAGCAUUCGGCAGACUUGAUGUGGCGAUUAACAAUGCUGCCAUGACCCCGGACAAGACCCCCUUGGUGGAGUUUGAUGAAGACUACUGGCGUCGAGUACUCGAUGUGAACCUUACGGGCACUGCGCUGUGCUGCAAGUACGCGAUGCAGCAGAUGCAGAAGCAGGGGUCUGGAGGGUCCAUUGUCAAUAUCGCGUCGAUUAACGCGUUCAUGCCCCAGCCUAAUAUGCCGGCUUACACGGCGGCGAAGCAUGCGUUGCUGGGAUUGACCAAGCACGCUGCAACGGAGGGAGGACCGUCGGGCAUUCGGGUCAAUGCCGUUGCUCCGGGGGCCAUAUUUAGCGAGAUGUCGACCAGUGCGUUGGAGAUCAUGGGUACCACGCACGACGAAUUCGCGCCUAAGGUUAGCAGCCUGAAGCGUUUUGGACAACCCGAGGAGGUCGCGCAGGGGUCGCUUUGGCUUGCGUCGGGCAGCUCGUCGUAUGUAACUGGUAUUUGCUUGCCUGUGGAUGGAGGCUUCCUGUCGAAAUGGUAGUUUUGCAUGCCAGCAUCGGUUAGCCGAACCCCCAGAGUCUUCUCAAAUCAGCUGCUCGAUCUGCCGUCUUCCAGCCUGUCUCCCGCUCAAUCAAAGCCAGGUGCUUUAGCAAGAUAAUCUUUUCUGUGGCAUACUCUUCGCUGGAUACUCGUUUUCCAUUGGCGUUUCGAUUACCAUUAACAAUGGGACCGACCCGAGCGGGGCGAGUGCGCAAUCC